AUGGAAGAAAGAGAGAUAAUGCGGCAAGUUCUGAGAGUGACGCCUUCAAAGUUUGACUCUCUUACCUUAUCUAUGGAACAAUAUACUGAUUUGGAUAAAAUCAGCCUCGACGAAGUCAUUGGAUCUCUGACUGUCCAUGAGUUGCAGCUCAGGAAGCGAGAGUCCCAGGAGGAGGAGCAGACAUUGCUUGCCAGAGCGUUGAGUAAAGGGAAAAUCAUGAGUGAGGAGUCCUCAUCUCACGAAAGAGGUCGACAUCGUGUGCACAGCAAAAGCAGAGGAAGAGGCCAUGGCCAAGGUUGACAUCCUCCUCCUGAUGAAGGUAAAAAGAACUUCAAUAAAUCUCAAAUACAAUGUUAUAACUGUGAGAAAUAUGACCAUUUCGCUUACAAAUGUCAACGUGCCAAGAAAGUGACGCCUAAGCAACCAUAUGUUGCUGCGUCCACAAAGAAGCCUAAAGUAUCUUCACUUCUGAUGAUGAUUUGGUAGAACACAAUGAGUUAUUACUUCAAGGCUUAGAGACUGAGCUCAAAGAUCCGGAGUUGUGGUAUCUUGAUACUGCAGCUACUAAUCACAUGACCAGAAGGAGAAGUUAUUUCUCAAAUCUUGAUGAAUCAGCCUUUGGAUUUGUCAAAAUUGGUGACAACUCAUGUGUUGAAAUUCAAGGUAGAGGUAGAGUCCUUGUUCAUCAAAAGGAUGGAGAGAAAAUUCACUUUGGUAAUAUUCUCUUUGUUCCCAAAUUAUGUGCUAAUAUUAUAAGUUUAGGUAGAUUAGAUGAAGAAGGCUACAAGAUGGUCAUGUAUGGAGGCUGAUUGACCAUUUUUGACCAAGAUGGAGCACUGUUAGCAGAAGUUCAUCGAAUAGAUGGGAAGCUUUAUUUACUCAAGCUAAAUGUGAUAAAACUAUGCCUAAUCACUAAAGAAAAUGAAACUACAAGCCGAGGUUUGGCCACUUUAAUUUUUCACACAUUAAAAGAAAUGUCGAGUAGGAAAUUAGUGGAGGGACUUCUACUGAUCAGUGUUCCUGAUCACAUCUGCUGGAGUUGCCUUAUAGGAAAGCAACAUCGCACUCCAUUUCUUAAAGUUUCUACUUUCAGAGCCUUACAGCCCUUCGAGCUGGUGUAUGUAGACAUAUGUGACCCAACUAGUCCACACACAUUAGGGGGGAAGUCAGCAUUUCGCCGUCUUCUUUGCAUCAAGCAUAAUCAUCAUCUCUUCCGGAUAUUAUGCUAAAGAUUGCCAACAAUGCCAGCCGGUCUUUCUUCUCGGAUACAUUCUCUUCGACUAUCGCCUGCCAUAGAUCGUGAGAGUCAAGAUAUACCUCCAUAUUUAUCACACAGAUGUAGUAGUUCGUCUUUGAGAGCUUGAAGGAUGGUGCCGACAACACCAUCUCCCCCUCACACUUGCUGGAGGUACUCACCGUGCCUCCUUUCUUCACCAUCUUCUUGAUCCUGUCGAACCACUGUUGGCUUUGA